AUGACGACCCGAGCUGAUACGAAGCCGGCUCCGCUGCAGUCGUUCGUUUCGGGUGGCGGUAGCAGCCAUCUUCAGAAUCUGCACACGCUCGCCCGCCAGAUCCAGCACAACCUCCAACACCAGCACCACUGGUCCCGGCUGCAGGUGCACACGCAUUCGCCGCUGAGCAAAGAGCCUCUGCCCCGCCCGCUGGUCUCUGGACUGCCCCCGCAGCGCCUCUAUGUCCACCCCGACGAGCAGAUCGAGCUGCUGAAGAAUGCGGACCGCGCGAGGAAGGCAGCGGGUGCGAGCAGUGGGUUGGAGGUCAAGGCGCAGGCUGAGCGCGAGUGGGUGCUGCCAACACGGUUGAAUGAGAAGUGGACGCUGCGGAGGCUGGCACUCGUCUUUGACGCCAUCAACAUGGUUCCGCCGGCGCUCGACGAUGAUGAGGAUGAAGAUCAUGAUGAAGACGAUGAAGACGACACACCCAACCCUUGGAGGACGACAAAGAGAGUCGUCCUGGCCACGGCAGACUCGGACAGCACCGUCGUCUACUACAUCAUGCACGAUGGGGUUGUAAAGCCCCGCCAGAACUGA